GGAAUGGAGUACCUUUACAGCCAGACUGGCAAAACCCUGACUCCAGUGCUCCAGAACCCAGAGGAGGAAGACAGGCUGGUCGAGGAAGUUGAUGACCAGGACCUGCAAGAUGAGGGGUUUGAUGAAGAGAUCAUGGAGGACAUCACAGUUCCGGUGCUGUAUGAGGAUGACCCCUGCCGUGAUCUCAGAAACAGCCCUUCAUCUUUGCCUCUGCCUCAGUCCCCAGCAUCACUGGCUGAGCCGUCCACAUCAUCUGGUGGAGAUGGACAGCAUCUUGCCCCUGCCCCUUCAGUGAUGUCACAGCCAUCCGACCCUGGAAGCAGUCUCUCCGACGAGGCUCAGGGAGCAGUCGUUGGACCCGAUGGCAUCGCUGGGUGGGACAAGGUCCAGAAUCUGGCUGGUUACCUGGUGGGUCUUCGUGAGGCUCCUUACCUUACUGACCUGCAGGUGACAGAGGCCAUCCGGUUGUGGACAGCGCUCUCUGAUUUCGACAAGCAGCGGAUCAACUAUCAGCCUCGACAUCAGCCUCAGCUGACUCAUGGGCGUUUUAAGGCACCGAAGCGCUCCGGAGUCACACCAGGUGUGGAGAGUGUCAAACGGUGUCUGAUUGGACAUCCUGGGGGUCCAGCACAGUGGCCCAACACCAGCCGCUUGGUUGAGGCCAUUUGUAUUGAGCUUUGUGCUUUACACAAGUCGCCGACCAAGAAGGCUGGAUGGCACAUCUUUAGAUGA